GGUAGUCAUUCAGUGUGACUUUACAGAGCAGCAGUUGUGUGAUUGGGAGAGAGAGAGAGAGAGAUGAGCUUUCAAGAUGUGCAGAAUGGCGGAGGAGGAAAGGGAAAGAAGGCGUCAGCAUCUCCGUCGCAGGCGGUGGCUGCCGGCAUAUUUCAGAUCAACACUGCCGUUGCCACUUUCCGUCGACUCGUUGAUGCCAUCGGAACUGCCAAGGAUACUCCCGAUCACCGCCAAAAGCUGCACAAAACGAGGCAACGCAUACUGGAGCUCGUCAAAGACACCUCUGCGAAACUCAAAUCCCUAAGCGAAUCUGAUCGCCAGAGCAAUGUCAAUCCCCGUAAGCAGAUUGAAGAUGCCAAGCUUGCAAGAGAUUUUCAAACCACAUUGCAAGAGUUCCAGAAAGUUCAACAUCUUGCCUCCGAGCGCGAGUCUACUUACAUGGCAACAGCGACGGCAACCUCUGCUGCCUCUGCCUCUGCCUCUGGGGAGCAUUUGGAACCAACAGGGGAUGAGUACCGUCAGCCUUUCCUUCAGGGCCAAAAGAGACAAGAAGUGGUGCUGCUGGAUAAUGAGAUUGGUUUCAAUGAGGCAAUAAUUGAGGAAAGGGAACAGGGUAUUCGAGAUAUAGAAGAACAAAUUGGAGAAGCUAGUGAAAUAUUCAAGGACCUCGCAGUUCUUGUUCAUGAGCAAGGUGUAGUCAUUGAUGACAUUCAUUCAAAUAUUGACAACUCUUCUGCUGCAACGACCCAAGCUAGAGUUCAGCUAUCGAAGGCUUCCAAAGGUGUUAAAACGAGAUCAUCGUGGUGUUGGUGGGUGCUGGCAAUCGUUGUAGUGGUGAUUGUAGUUGUCCUCAUCAUCCUUAUCAUAUAAUAUGCAAGUACAUAUACAGUAUCACUGUGCCUCUCCGCGACAAAAUGACAAUGGGUGUGUGGUGAAUUAUUUGCUCUAAAGACUUUCUGGUUGAGAUUUUUUGGUAUUGAAGUUAGAAACCUUUUUGUUUCUGUGUCUUUUACUUUGAGCAGGUUUUGGUUGUUUUAAAGAGUAGCAAUCGUGUAACCUCUAUAAUGUUUCUUCGGCUUCUCAUCUGUAAUAUGUUGGUCUUGAAUGUGUCUACUAGCUUUUGCUUCUGAUUUACGGUGGUUCUGUUACUGAUCGUUGAAACGUUUUUAUGUAUUUUCCUGUAACUUGUAUGGAAUUAAUGGAAUGAGACUAGGAUUCA